AUGUUAUUUUCACUAAUAAUUUCCUAUUACGUACAAUAGAUUCUUAUAGAACAAAAAAAUAAUACUGUUCAAAAAAAAUAAACAGCGUCUAAUUUUCAAAUUUCUUAGAAAUCAGAUAAUUAAUUACUGCUUUUGUUACUGUCAAAUUAAAGAUAUUUAAAUUAUUACUUUAAUUAAAACCAUCAAAUAAUUUAUUUACAUUCUAAAUAAAAAUCAAGGACUAUUACUAAGAUUUAAAAAUAAAUAAGAACAUUUAUAUUUUUUUUCUUAUAGCUUCUAUUAAUCAUUUUAGUGUUGUCUCAACUUUAAAUCUUUAAGAAAAUUAAUUAAUAUGCUGAUUUUUUAAAAAAUCUCAAAAAAAACUUAUUUAUUUUGUUGAUUUAAUUCUGCUUUUAAAAAGGAAAAAAAAAAAAAAAAUUUGUAUCUGUAUUUGUAUCUGAAAUGGAUUUUCCUCUUUAAAAUAAUAAAGAAUCUGAUAGCAUUUUUAAAAAUUAAGUUAUAUUAAUGAUUUAUUUUUCAAUAAAAUUAAGUCUCAAUUAUUCAAUUAUAUUCAACAUACUUUUGUUGUUCAAAUAAGAUAUCUUAUAUAUCUUGUUACUAAAAUUAGUAACAACCAAAUUGAUAAAUAUUAUUUAAAAAUGA